UUUAGACUCAUUUUAAUCUACAGACCCACAACAAAUGAAAAACUCGAAGAUUUUCUAGCACUCCUUGACUUAUUAUGUAGUCUUAUCGCUAUUAACCAUAAUUUCAUCAUCAUCGGCGACUUUAAUUUACCUAACAUUCCAUGGACAUCUUGCAAACCUCAAUCAUUCUCUGCCUCGCCCACCGAAAAAUAUUUUAUUGAAUUUAUUAAUAAUCAAAAUCUCUUUCAAGAAAUUUGUUCCCCAACUCGUAAUAAUAAUUUUCUCGAUCUUCUUUUCUCGCCCUCCACUUUUCGUAUUAGAAGCUGUUAUGUCAAGCCCCCUUUUAAGAGUUCAGACCACAACAGUAUUGAAUUCAAUCUCAACCUUAAAAAUAUCACUAAAAAACCCAUAUUAAUUCGCGACUUCUAUAACGCAGAUUACAAAUCUAUUAACGAGUUUCUUAUCGGAUUGAACUGGAAUAACAUUUUUUCAAACUGUACUGAUAUUGAUUCCCAAUAUAACAAAUUUUUACAAAUUAUUCAACAGGUUAUUACUCACUUCGUACCUCUAAAAAAGAAAAAUAAGAACUCUACUAAUAUCCCGACACAUAUUCAGAAUAUGAUUAAAUACAGAAACCUUCUAUGGAAAAAAAUUAACAAACCUGAAAUUCGCGAUAAAUAUCUUGCCCUCCAACAAAAAAUCGAUAAAGAAACAUCCAAAUUUUUCCAAAAUAGAGAAAUGGCUAAAUUCAAAGAUCCUCGAUCCAAAUUCCAAUAUAUCGGAGCCUUUCUUAAAACUAAAAAAACUAAAAUCCCUACAUUUAAAGACCAUGAUCACAUUACUCUCUCCGACCUUGAUAAAGCCGAUAAACUGGCUAAGCAGUUUCAAUCGGUUUUUAAUUCUACAAUAUUCUCAAAUGACGAUAUUGUAAUCUCUCAAGCCCAUUCCUUAUCUUUUAUUGACAUAAUUCCUCAAGAAAUUUUUAACAUCAUAUCCAAUCUUGACAAUGUCAACAAUGCAUCACCAGACGGUAUUCCAAAUAUCUUUCUAAAAAAUACUGCUAUCUCCUUGACUUCACCUUUGGUUAUGAUCUUUAACUAUUCAAUUAUGACUAAAAAAAUUCCCAAUAUCUGGAAAAAGUCAAUUAUUUGUCCCAUCCCAAAAAUUUCCAACCCUAAAGAACCAAUCGAUUUUAGACCAAUCUCCCUUUUAUGCUCAACCUCAAAAAUACUUGAGUAUUGCAUAACUAAAGAAAUAACAAAUUUUCUAGAAUCUAACAAACUCAUUCCCACAAAUCAACAUGGAUUCCGCAAAAAUCGUUCAGUUACUACUCAGCUCCUUGAAACUUUUGAUGAUUAUACCCAAGCUAUUGAACAAAAGAAAUGUGUCGAUGUCAUAUUUUUCGAUUUAGCUAAAGCUUUUGACACAGUCCCUCAUGUUAGACUCCUCAAAAAACUCGAAGCAAUGGGAAUAACUGACACACUACUCCAUUGGCUUACUGAUUAUUUGAAAGAUCGCUCCUUCUCUGUUCAAGUCGAAUCAACCAUGUCUGAAGAAUACAAUAUUACCAGCGGUGUUCCUCAGGGUAGCAUGCUAGGUCCCAUCUUAUUUAUCGCAUAUAUAUCUGAUAUAGUUGAAUUUUGUAAAACUUCAAACGUUAUACCGAAAUUAUUUGCUGAUGAUCUUAAGGCCUAUUCCAUUUUCGAUUCUACGCAACACAACCAUUACUCUCCACUCCAAAAUUUUAUUAACAAAAUUUCAACCUAUUGCACGAUAAACGGCCUUAAAAUCUCAAUAAAUAAAUGCAAAUCUUUCCAUAUUGGCUCUAAAAAUCCAUAUCAUGUAUAUUCCCUAGAUAACUCCCCAAUCCCAACAAUACAAUGCAAUGAAAAUAUCCGCGACCUGGGCAUCCACUUCACACCCGAUCUAAAAUGGGAGUCUCACAUUAAAAUUAUCGCGGCAAAAGCCACAAGAACCUACUUCACUCUUAUUAGAUCACUCAAAACAAAAAACCCAAAUUUUCUCAUAACUCUCUUUAAAAUCUACGUUCUUCCAAUUCUUGAAUUCGGAUCCCCUGUUUUCGACCCUUAUUUACAGAAAGACAUACAUUCCCUUGAAAAUGUCCAAAAGAAAUUUCUCCAAAUUGUUUAUUCACGUUCUGGAAAAUAUAAAAAUACAAAACACCUACCUGAUUAUCAUAAACUCCUCAAAUUAUUUCAACUUGAACCUUUAUCACAUCGACGCCUAAAAUCAAGCCUUAUUCUAUUUCAUAAUAUUCUCUCAGGAAAAAUAGAAUCUUCACAACCUAAUUAUAUCACCAGGCCUACAAUCACUAGAGGAAAUCCACACAAUAUUUUUAUACCGUUUUGUUCAACCACAAUUCGAAAGAACUCAUUUUUCGUCAAAAUCCCAGAUAUCUAUAGAAAACUCCCUAUAGAUAUUCAAAAAGCAUCCACCGAUCUGUUUCCUAAGCUCUUAAACUCCUUCGAUCUAUCUUACAUUUUCGACAAAAAUUUAUCACAGUAA